CAGGGAUUUUCUUACGACCCAGAGAACUAAACAUCAAAAUUCACCCUUUCACAUUUUUCCACUUUUGUGUCCAUUUUAUGUUAUCACUGAAGAAAGAAAGAAAGAACGAACACAACAAAACGCAUUCGAUGCUUUCUCUCUUCGUCGUUUACAUGUUCCAUUCGUCGUUUUUCCCCAAUUUCUAGGGUUCUUCCCUUUUCAAGAAAUCAUAAAAAAUGUUCAACAAGAUCAUAAAGCGCGCACACAGAAAAUCAGGGAAAGUAACGUUCCCUGAAAAUUCAGCAAACGGUCACCAAUUCUACGAAGUAGUUGUUAAACACGCAUCACGUAGCUCCACCUUCGAUUCCGAGCCACAGAACCUACCUAAUACGGCGGCGCCACCGCCUAAUCAGGCCGUGAUCGAAUCACUUCCGCCACUCAAAGAAGUCGCCGUCUCAGAACGGUCCGCACUGUUUCUGAGAAAAAUUCAACAGUGUUGUUCUCUCUGUGAUUUCUCAGACACACUCAAGUUCAUCGUGGAGAAAGAAAUCAAACGACAAACACUUUACGAGCUAGUUGAUGUUAUUCAAUCCUCUUCGUUUCAAUUCAGCGAAUUUCAGGAAGAAUUGAUCGGUAUGGUUUCUGUUAAUAUUUUCCGUUGUUUGCCGCCGGCGUCGCAUGAAAACACAGGUACCGAAACUGUGGAUCCGGAAGAAGAUGAUACGUAUAUGGAUCCGUCUUGGGCCCAUUUACAGAUUGUUUAUGAAAUUCUAAUGCGGUACAUUGUUUCGCCGGAGGUUGAUAUUAAAAUUGCGAAGCGGUAUGUAGAUCAUGUGUUUGUUUUAAAGCUUAUGGAGUUGUUUGAUUCGGAGGAUCAAAGGGAGCGCGAGUAUUUGAAGACAAUUCUUCAUCGUAUUUAUGGGAAGUUUAUGGUUCAUAGGCCUUUUAUAAGAAAAGCUAUUAACAAUAUAUUCUAUCGAUUUAUAUUUGAGACGCAGAGGCAUAAUGGUAUUUGUGAAUUGCUUGAGAUUAUGGCUAGUAUUAUAAAUGGUUUUGCAUUGCCUAUGAAAGAGGAGCAUAAACUUUUCUUGAUUAGGGCUCUUAUACCACUUCAUAAACCUAAAUGUGUUUCGUCGUAUCAUCAGAAUUUGUCUUAUUGUGUUGUUCAGUUUGUUGAGAAAGAUGGAAGGUUGGCUGAUCCUGUGAUAAAGGGUUUGUUGAAGUAUUGGCCUGUUACUAAUUGUCAUAAGGAAGUUCUUUUUCUUGGUGAAUUGGAAGAGGUUCUUGAGUCAACACAACCUCCUGAGUUUGUAAGAUGUAUGGCUUCUCUUUUCAGACAGAUUGCUCGAUGCCUUAACAGCCCUCACUUUCAGGACAAUAUACUAGAAGAGGGUGCAUUUAUAUGGGUUGCUUGAAUGUUGGAAUGACAUAAUUGCCUACUUUUUUUCCUUACGGAACUUUGGUUGGGAAACGUAGCUUGCAUUUUGUUGCAGUAAGGGGAAAAUAAUCAAAUUUGGGACUGUUCCUUUUAUUGAGGCUGAAGUAGGCACUGAUAUAUAUAUAUUUUGAGGGCAGGAAAGUGGAAUUUCAUUUGACUUAGUUUAAAAAGAUGAUAUUUUUAAACAAAUAUAGUUGGCAGGGUAUGCUUCCUUUUGAGUUUCAUUACCGUAGACGAUAAAUGACAAAAACAGGUGGAAAUAGUUACAUGUUUAUGGCAUGAAGAGUGGUGGAGGGAAAAGGAGGCAGACGAAGGAUAGUAAUACUAGUCUGAGUGGUAUAGAGUAGAUGGAGGGGGAGAGAGCCCUCCUAACAUGGUUAAUGAGUGUGUUCAGUUCUGUUGGGCAUAGGAGAUUUUGAUACUAAAGUUUGUUACAUCUCUAUAUUUGAGGCCUAUAUGUAUCAACCAUACAUGAGCAGUUCCAAAGAAAAUAGAUUAUUACUAUUAUUAAUACUACUAUUAUCAAUGUUUAAAUACUUGAGAGUUUACACAAAAUUGGUAGAGGAUUGAAAAAUCGUAACUUGAGGAUCGUAGCACGGAUCGUAAGAUCCCACUACUAGUAGAAAAAUAUAUUUAUAUAUGUAUACUUACAUACACAUGCUCAAAAAGAGGAAGCUUGAAUGAAAGAGGAAGAGAAUUUAUGCUGAAAUAAUACGUUGCCCACGGUUGAGUUUAUUGAAAGUGGAAGGAUGCAAUCACGAAGCGUUUGCAUAAUAUUGAUACUCCUUUUUAUUUAAAAUGAGUUACGAUACAUGUCUCUCUGAAUUUCCAUUUAAAAAAAUAAUAAUAAAUUAGGAUUAUAAUAUGGCCUGACCCGCAUCCAGACCCGUUUUAGAAAAUUAGGGUUUUAUUCUUAAAAAGCCCCCCAAAAACAGAUGCGAUGCAUCAUUGAAUCAAAAUGAGUUAACUUUUCAACUCGGACGAGUUCACCGAGUUUGCUACAUACGAUUUUAAUUGAAUUGCAGCACACCGGCAUGCGAUUGGAACGUUAGGUCGGACAAGUUCACGAGUUGACUCGCAAUCCUGCAUACAAUGGUUAUUAUUAUUAUUAGCAUUAAAUUAUUAAUUCAUGACAGUGAUUAUGAAAAACUACAAUCAUUAAAAUUCUUUUUUUGUUCUGUUGUUCCUGGAGUGUAGGCCGAACAUUUUUAGCAAGUGAGCACAUUGGCCCCAAUGUUGAGAGCUCUCUUUUAUUUAUCUUUGGAGAUCUACUAAGCUAUUGAGUGGCUUAUUUUGGGUUUAGUUGGCUUCUGUUUGUUGCUUCAGUUUUGCUGAAAUAUGUUGUAUAUAAUUGUUGUCUGUAUUUAAAAUGAUUGGGUACCUGGUUGUGAUUGGAAGGCCUUCGGAAACUGUGUUGGGUUUUGGGCCUUUUAAAUUAGGACAUUGGCCAUGCGUAAUGCUCAUCAGAUUUUACUAUCACUAAUACUUGUUUUUGACAAAUGAUUAGUUGCAUCCUUUUACAGUAGUGUGUAUGUAAAUGGAAAAUGAUUCUUUAUUUUCUUUUGACUGCUCUCUCUGUCAAUUGAUUC